CUGGAUUAGCGUUAUAAAGGGGCUUUCUCUUGCGAUGUUAUCGAGAUAAAGUGAAAGGUCUGUGCGCAUGCACAGCAAAGGAAUGGAUUAAGCUGAAGAUUGCGUAUCAUGUUCGAUCAUUCGUAAUAAAAGGACGCAUAUUUUAUAUUCGAGGGCAAAUGUUUAUGGAAAACUCCUGAAGAUGAAGUUGUUGAUUGCAAUACUUCCAUUUCUUGUCAUGCUUUGUGCGCAGAUCCCAAAGAAUGAAGGGACCGAAUGUAAAGAUAUUUUGAAAAAAGCAGACUGCCUUUUGCUUGCGAAAUACGGGACAUGCAAAACCCAUGCAAAACGGAUGAAAACAAUGUGCCCCAAAACGUGCAACUUUUGCGCGUUUUCUCGGGCGUGCAAAUCGAAGAAGUGUCCAUACAAACAUGUCUGCCUGAUUGACGAUAACGAGACAGCCUACUGCAAGUGCGUUGCGAAAUGCUCAACUUUCGAUCAAAAGACAGGGCCCAUCUGUGCAGGCAAUGGGAAGACGUACAAAACAAUUUGCUCGAUGAAAAUGGAUCAGUGCAAGGAAAAGAAGUCAAUUCAUAUUUAUCAUUACGGAAACUGCAUAGACCCAGAUGCCUGUGAGGAUUUCAUGCCUUCGCUCUGCGCUGACUUAGCUAGAAAGAAAUUUUGUCAGACGUCACCACAACUGAUGCAGUUCUAUUGCCCUGCGAAAUGUCGACUGUGUCGACAGCCAGCUCCACAACCGUCGUGCUUUAAAAGUCGUUACGGGUGCUGUUGGAACAAAAACAAACCUGCAAAAGGGCCAAACCAAAAAGGAUGUGGAGCUUGCAGAGAGAAGUCUUUCUGUAAGGGAUUUAAAGAGCUAUGCAGUGACUACAAAAAUCUUGGGAUAAUGCGACACUCUUGCCCAAAGACUUGCGGCUAUUGCUGAACUUUGCGAAAUCAAUUCCACAUUGUCAUCGAUGAGUGACCUUUGGUAGCGUAUUAUAAUUGAUAGGGAUUUACGCUAAUAGAAAAUCUGAUGUGUAGAACAAGAAAUUAUUGUAUAUGUUUUACUAAAUUAUAGCUUCAGGUGUUCACCUUUAAACUGACAAUUAACUUUUAAAAAAUGUAAUUAUCUUUUGGUAUUAUGGGCAAUUACAGCCGACCCUAAUAAGCAAGAUCUAACAGAAAAGAAGAUCUUUGAUGUUUGAACAAUCCUUGCACAUCAAGGUCCUCAUCUACGUGUUUUUCAAUGCUCCACAAUAUCCUUGUAAAACCCACCCCAUGUUUGAUGUAACUCGCCCAUAGGGAUUUAAAGAGGAACAAUAGAGCUCAUAUGUUUUAAGAAAAGAUUAACACAUUGUCUCAUAAAAAUCUAUGCAUUUAUGCAUACAGUCUCACAUGCUUGUAUUUAUAUCGUAAUUGAUUAAUUCCGUUGUUGGAUAAUUAUAGCUUUGUUUGCCUCCAUGUCAAAUGAGUAGAGCUCAGUGGCGUUGCCAGCUCGAAAAAACUGGGGUGGACAAAAACAAAUUUUCUCGACCACGCCCUUCAGAUUCUUGGAAAAUCCAUUUUUUAGUAUUUUUAUCUAUUUUGAAAUAUUUGGACAAGCAACUUUCUCAAGCAGCA